AUGGUUUCUAGAAACCAUCAGCAUUGGGACAAGAAGUUAGAUAUGUUUUUACUAGCUUUCCGCAGUGCUGUCCUAGAAACUAUCGGCUAUUUCCCAUGCCUGAUGCUUUUCGGCCGUGAUCUUCGUUUGCCUUGUGAUCUUUUGUUAGGUCGCACUCUGGAUGCGUCUUCAUCUUCUGAGGAGUACAUACUUAAGCACUGUUUGAAGCGAUGCACAAUUUUGCAGGAGACGACGGAGAACAUGAAGACCCGAUAUGAUACGAGAGCUACAGGACAUCGAUUCAACGAAGAAGAUAAGGUAUGGUUGUGGAUCGAAUUCGACGGAAAUGAGUCUCUCCGAAGCUACAGUCACCUUGGGAUCAUUCCUUACACAUCCUUAAACAGACUGAACAGGUCAUCCUUAAACAGGCUGAACAACGUCGUAGUUAGGAUCCUCGACUGGCAUUACUGUGUAAACGGAAAGACUGCUUACCGCAUCGAUUUUCGACAAAAUGGCCAAACGAUCUUCCGAAGAAAGCUUAUAGCUAGCUCAACUACACUAAGUUUCUCUCUAGUGCUUCAUCAGCUUAGAGCUUCGUUUUUCUCCCUGAAGAGAGAGCUUGCUAAAAGGUUUGUGGAGGCUGUUAAAACUAAUGACGUUAACACUGUGAAACAAGUUUUGAAUGAAGGUUUGAAUUCAGAUUACAGAUUCGCCAAGGGUGGGACACUCCUGACACUGUCUAUAUACUACCGAAGACCUGAAAUAGCAAAGGUUUUACUAAGUGCAGGUGCAGACGUAGAUGCCGAAAAUCAGUACCGAGAAAGUCCACUUUACCUAGCUGCCGAAAUUCCAGAUGUUGAGUUAAUAAAGUUGCUGCUAGACCAUGGAGCAAAGGUCACGAUUAGAGAUGGAAAUUCACCUCUACACCAGGCUUGCUCGAAAAGUUGUUCAGAAGGAGCAAAACUGCUAAUCGAGAAAUCGUCGGACGACAUUCUAAAGUUAUGCGACAUAUCCGGAGACAACCCUCUUAGACUCGCUUGCAGUACGUGCACUCCAGAUGUAGUGGAACUCCUUAUGGCAAGAGACAAUCAUCCGAACACAACUUGCUUGCUAGGAAACGGUGUUCUUUUGGGUGCUUUGCGGAAUACUGUGGAUAACGCUCUACCUAUUGUGUCUAUGCUUCUUGAUGCAGGUGCAACUGUUAGAGAAAGAAAUUUUUGGGGUCUCACACCAUGGUUCAGCGCUGUAGAAAAAUCUAUUUGGCAACUGAAGAAAGAAGAAACAAGAAAAAUAGAGGAAGAGGAUUGUGGAAAACCUUCAUAUGUAGAUUUAUGCAUGCUGCUGCUAAAACAUGGGUGCGAUAUUAAUGAUACAUAUGAACGCGACCGGACUGCCCUUCAUAUGGCUGUUAUUGCAAAUCAUGAACGUUUAGUUCGCAAGCUUCUCAUUUCUGGAAGUAACAUGGAUAUUCGUGAUCAGGAUGGUCUUGCUCCUUUGUUCUACGCAUGUCAAAAUGGAAAUCGAAGGAUAGUUGAUUUACUUGUAAGCUGUGGUGCUAACUUAUCGGAUCAGAACUGGCAUGUCUGGGAGACGAAGCUCUCGAUAAGGCAAAAAGGAAGUACCUCGCUUGAAGAAAGCAUGUCGAUUUUAAACGAGCUUAAAUUAAGGUCCAGGGAGUGUCUUCCACUGCAAAUGUUGUGCAAUAUUGCUAUCAGGAAAACCCUUAAAAAUGUAGAAGAAGAUGCUCCUCGACUUCCAUUAUCAAAAUCGAUGAUCAAGCGCAUUCAGCUGAAAGAUACACUUAUGUAAUAUAUGUAAUAGCAGUAUUUAAUUUUACUUCUUGUAACAAGAGUUUGUAUAAAACUACUCAUAACAGGAGCAUGGGAUUUAACACAUGAAAAUGCGAAUACAGUAAGACCCCGUUUAACGCGGGGGAUACGUUCCAUCGAAGUAGAGCGUAAUGCGAAACAGCGCUAAGCGAGGCUAUCUUAACAUGUAAAUAAUGGGGUUAGGGGAAGACGGAUAAAAAAU